AUGCCCUCGCAGGUGACCAAAACACCAGAAGCCCCUGACAAGGACCAGAGGAAACCAAAGGGACCAAAGGAGACCAAAGAGCUGCAGGUCUCUCCGACACCAUCUGCCCCAAGGAGCCAGCAGCCUCCAGGACAUCACCACAGGCACCAGCCUUUGGCUGCUCGCUUUGUGCCCUCUGUCACCCACCCGGGGGCCCAGCAGCCCAGCUCCUUCAGGUUUCUCUUCUACACCCCAAGAUGGUCCAACUCCUACAACCCCUUCUACACUGCACAGAAGCCAACCUGUGGGUACCGCUUCCACCGCCACACCGACCACACCAGGAAGGUGAUGGACGUGCAGAGUGCAGACACUGUGAAAUGGAGACCUACCUCGGGCACCAAGCCUCAGCAAUAA